AUGUCCCGCAGCGGAGAAACAGCAGCUCACAGCCCGCUGCUCUCCUCCAGAUUCUGUUUCAGUCCGCGGUCGUGUGUGUGUAUGAAAGGUUGGUCGACGGCGAUGUGGAACGGUGUUCCUGAGCCGCUGCUGUCUGGACGCUCCGCCCCCGAACCCUGGCUCCUCCCCGGCUGCAGCUCCGUCUACGACAGUCUGGUCAGUAACGUCUCUCCCGCCCCGUCUCCUUCGCCAGCGAGCGGUCUGAGAGGAGCCGAACGAGCCGCCAACAAACCUCGAAGGCCGUCCAUCUUGGAGCGCUGCAUCCUCAAAGUGUCCACCAGCAGCGUUGCCGUGGGGACGGACGACCUGGACAACAAGAGACCUCCUCUGGGCCGCUGCUACUCUCGCCUCCCGGACCCGGCCAACACUGAGACCAACGCAGCGGUCCUGAAGCGGCGGCAGAAACAGAUCCAGUACGGAAAAAACACGAGCGGCUACCAGAGCUACCUGCAGCAGAUCCCCAAACACCUGAGGGAUCCCAAGCUGCAUCCCUCCACGCCCAACAAGUACAGGAAGUACAGCCGGCGUUCCUGGGACAUGCAGGUGCGUCUGUGGAGGCGAGCGCUGCACCUCUGGGAUCCGCCCAGCGAUUCCCCUCCAGACACCACCAACCCCCCCGACCCCGUGGAGCUGCUGCAGAGUCAGCUGUCCCGGAUGACCUCUGACCUGUGUGAGGACGGAGGAGACAGACAGAGAGAGAAGGAGACUCCUGCAGCCCCGAAAGCCUCCUCUGUGUCUCCGCUGGAGCCGCCAGGUCCCUGGAGCGUCCCCCUGUCCCCGGAGUCAGUCUGCUCCCUCCGGCCUCCUCGCUCUCCUCCUGGUCUCAGUUACUCCUUCAGGAGUCAGCUGACCAACAACAACAUGACUGACUGGCUGCGUCUCCUGCUGGAGGCCGACUACGCUCACGAUUUGGACUCAGAUGACCAGCAGGUCCCCAUGAUGUCUGAUCAGCUUUUAUGGAAUCCGUAUUGA